CCCUGCUCACCGUCCAACCCUCUAGGGCCGUCUGGUACUCGGCGGCCUCCGUGGCCUCCCUCAGCAGCUCCUGGUAUCGGGGACAGCUUCGUGUAGGGAACCUCAGCAGCUGGAGAAAACGGAGGCUCAGCGGGGACAGCAGCGUGACCGGGGCCCGACUGCAGGCGGGGGGAGUCGGGCUGUGGGGCCCUGUCUCCGGUCCAGCGUCUCUCCCAGAUCCGGCUGCACAGUGUCGGGGGACAUGGGUUCAAGCCCUGGUCCGGGAAGAUCCCACAUGCCGCGGAGCAACUAGCCCCGUGCGCCACAACUACUGAGCCUACAAGCCACAACUACUGAGCCUGCGAGGCACAACUACUGAAGUCCGCGCCUAGAGCCCGUGCUCCACAACAAGAGAAGCCACCGCAGUGAGAAGCCCGUGCUCACCGCAACUAGAGAAAGCCCGCGCGCAGCAACAAAGACCCAACAUAGCCAAAAGAAGUGUUGAUCUGAUUAUCACCAUCUCCAUGGUGCAGACGGGGAAACCAAGGCACAGCAAGGGUUGACCCUAUUCCAUGAGGGAGGAGACUACAUGGGAUAUGAACUCCAGGAGAAUGCGACCCUGGCCAUAGCCGUAUUCACCAUCCUCACCUCCAUCUACUUCUUCAACAAGUCAGACAAAGGUGAAAAUCUUGGACCAGUGGGCCCCAGAAGGCCGUGGCAAGGACAGCCUGAGAUCAAAGAUGCGAAUGGAAUUUGCAAGUUGCAAAGCCAGAAGUUGGUCAGCCCCGCUCUAGCAGGGAAGUCGAUUUCCGCAAAACAAGAAUUCCGAGACCUGAGCCGGGAUGGGGACCGGGAGAUCCAAGCACAGCUCACCGUGACAUCCAAGGUGCUGAGUUUGAAUCCGGAUCCUGACACCUUGACCCCGGCUGGGACCCUGGGCUGUGAGCUGCGUGAGGGCAGAGGCUGUGUUCUUGUCAGGAACGCUUGAAUCCCUACUAUGUGCUCCGUCAGUACUAUGUAGGGACAGAGCACGACGUGGAGGUGGAGGCUGUGGACCCUGAAGGCUAGAGAACGUCAGCCCCUCCCCCCGUAAUGUUGGCCCCGUCCUCUGGAAUGUCGGCCCCGCCCAAGGAAUUUCUGUGCCUCCAAGGUGGGGGGUCUUUGUCUCCUUCACCUUUUAUCUUUAGUGACUAGAACCACGCCCUUCACCUGACAGGCACUCAAUAAACGUAAAUGGAUGGAUUAGUGCAGUCAGACCGCUCAAGUCUUGACUACCACUCACUCGCUGUGUGACCUUUGGUAAGUGACUUUACCUCUCUGAGCUUCAAGUUUCCUCAUCAGUGGGCAUAAUCGUACUACCGCCCUCACAGGGUCGAGAUGUGGAGUUCACACGUUUAUAAAGCUCUGGACAGGACCUGGUGCCCAGGACACGAUCAAUACUUGUGAGCUGUCCUUACGGGAUGAAUGAAGGGGUGAAUCGCCUUCUUAGAUUCUCAUAGAAGUCUUAUUAGAGAAGGAUUUUCAGUCCCUAGUUGGUAGAGUAAGAAUCCGAGGUUUAGGGCAUCGUCCACCUCCCGCCCCCCACCCCCUUCCCAGAGGCUGAUCAAGGAAAUGCUGAUUCCCGCGCUGGGCCACGCGGAGAGGCUGCUGUCCCUCUGGGUCUCAAAACCCACCUCACCAACCAUGCGAGGCUCUCCCCAAUCAAAGACUACGAUCUCCCCAGGAGAAUCCUGAAGCGGCUGUGAAAACCACAGAGUCUCCUUGAAAGACUGCUUAACCAAAUUCAUUAGAAAAUCAAUGCAAAUUAAAAACCUCACCGGGAUCCCACUAGUCACCUCUGAGAAGGCGGAGAUCAAAGAGUCUGACAUCGCGGUUGCGGUGCGUUGGCGAAGCUCUGGGAAACCGCCUUUCGGAGCUCCCUGUGGAGGAGUCUAGCAACAUCUAACACGCCCUCUGACCCUGCCAGUCCCCGAGGAAAGAUCUAUUCUAACUGAUGACAAGACUGAUAAUAGCAAAUACGUCACACCUCCGAGGUGCCAGGUACGAACUAAACGCUUUAUCCACAUCAAUACACGUAAUCAUCCCAGUGACUCUUUGAGGGAGGCGCUGUUAUAUCUCAUUUCACUUAGGUGGAAACUGAGGCAUAGAGAGUGAAAGCAACUUGACAGGUGUCACCCAGCUAUAAGCAGCUGCCAUGCCAUUCUGCCUUCUUGGAGUGUUCACCGAAGUACACAGGUACAAAUGUAAAAGGAUACUAUUGUUGGAGAGGCAGAGAGAACAGCUUCUUUAUACUACCCACUUUUUUUGUUGUUGUUAAAUUCCUCAUUAAAAUCUGUCCAUGAGGACUUCCCUGGUGGUUCAGUGGUUUAGAAUCUGCCUGCCAAUGCAGGGGACAGGGGUUCGAUCCCUGGUCCGGGAAGAUCCCACAUGCCGUGGAGUAACUAAGCCUGUGCACCACAACUACUGAGCCUGCAUGCCACAACUAUGGAAACCCAUGUGCCUAGAGCCUGUGCUCCACAACAAGAGAAGCCAUUGCAUGAGAAGCCCGUGCAUCGCAAGGCAAAGAGUACCUCCCGCUCGCCGCAGCUAAAGAAAAUCUAUGCGCAGCAACGAAUACCCAAUGCAGCCAAAAAUAAAUAAAUUUUUAAAAAGUAAAAGUACUUUCCUUUAAAAAAAAUCUAUCCAUGCUUUCUUUCAAAUUUUAGUGUGCUUACAUUAUUGUUCUUUUUCUAGCCUCUUGAAUUGUUUUGCUCAUCUCCUUUCAUGUGAGCAUUUUUCCGAAUUAGCAUCUGAAGCUACAGCUCUUCCUCAGAGUACAGCUUUGGCCCCACCUCACAACUUUUGUUGUGUAGUGUGCUCAUUUCUAAAUGAAUGGCACUCCAGUUUUAUUCUUCCAUUUAACCCAAGAGUUACUUAGAGAGUUUUGACAUGUGCAAAACAAGCUGAGUGUCUGUGGUUAUUCUUCGUUAUUAAUUUCUAAUUUUGAAUGUGGCCUGCAUUAUUUCUGCUUUUGGCAAUCA